AUGGCCAGAUGGCCCGAUGAACGCGCGCAGGAGCACAAGGUGCAGUCUGGCUGCACAGGGAAGCGGCCACGCACGAAGCGGGUCCUUCUCCGAGACUUCGGACUCUUGGAGGAGGUGGAUGCGGCAGUCGACCGGGCCAAUAGGGACUUGAGGAUUCGCGACGAGGAGCUGCGACUUUAUCAGCCAAAGCGACACAAGAUGCGAAUUGACCUGGCAAGGGCGUGCGCUGCGCCCGAGAGGCAGACCAGGUUGAUCUUGGCACCCUUUGCCAUGGCCUUGGCUCGGGACAACACCUCACGCGUUGUGGACCCCAUCGGCAAGGGCAAGCGCAAAGGGAAAGGCAAAGGGAAGGGGAAGAAAGGCUCCAAGAUGGCGGGGUCCGAAUCAAAACCGGCCCACAUCGCUUGGCGCGUGGACUGGCACUUCGGCGCAUGUGGCCAGGUACUCACAGAUCGGGGCACAGCAGAGCACGAGGUGGUGGGCCGGGCCCUGGAGCGGUUCCUCAACAACUCGUGGACACGGGGUCCCACUCGGCACUUGCUGCUCCCGUAUGCUGAACAAGGGCUGGAGGCUCUCCAGGUAUUUCUGCAGCAGCCACUGCGGGCAAGGACUGAGACCCAAAGCUGGAGGUCCAGGCACGAGAUGAUGGUCGAGGAGGCGGAAGAGACCCCAAGCGAAGGAGAGCCGCCUCCAAAGAGGCCGAACGAGGGCAGCUUCCCACCUCCACCUCCCCCACCGCCGCCUCCACCUCCGCCUCCAAAACCGGCGCGCGUCGAGGAUGCGGAGUCGGAGGAGAGCGAUGAGCCCAGCGAUGAGCCCAGCGAUGAGAGCGAGUCCGAGUCGGCGGCGGAGGAGCCGGAGGAGCGCUAUGAGCCCUACGCCAGGCUUGACUUGGCGCGGACGUUGCGGGAGAACCUGAUGGACAAAGCCAUUGUGGAGUAUCCUGUGCUGCAUGUGGCUCUCCCUCAGGAGGUCAGUCGCUUCCUUCAACCGCCUGCUGGCUGA